AAGUCUGACAAACCAUGUCUAGAAGAAAGUACAGUUGAAGCACUCGAAAAAGACUUCCAAGAAGUCAUUGAACUACUUAAGGGAGAUAAAACUCUGGAGAAAUUCCGAAUAGAAUAUGAGAAGCUCCAUGCUGUUAUGAAGAAGUCUCAUGAAAAUGAAAAGCGUCUCAUGGAAAAAUGCAGGGAGCUGAAUGCUGAGCUCGUGGUGAAUUCAUCUAAAGUAGCUGCACUCACAAAGCUCUCUAAAGAUGAUCGGGUAUCUAUAUCGUCAAUGAAGAGGGAGAUUGAAAAGGCCUGGAAAAUGGUGGAUGCAGCCUAUGAAAAGGAACAGAAAACGAAAGAAACCAUUCUUUCACUGAGAGAGGAAAUUGCACGCCUAACUAAAUUAGUGGAGCAAGGCUCUGGGCUAUCUCUAGGUCAGGAGUCCAAUGUCCGGGAUUUGCUAAAAUAUAAAGAAGAGAUAACAAAGGAGCGAGACCAACUCUUGUCAGAGGUCGUGAAGUUACGUGAAAGUCUAACUCAAGCCACAGAGCAGCAACAGGACACAGAGAGAGCAAAAACCGAGGCGGAUCAAUCCAUAAUGCAGCUUCAGCAAGAAAUCCAGUUACGUCAGAAUGAGGCAACUCGAGAGGCUCGAAAGAAGGAAAAAAUGGAGAAGGAGCUGAAAAAUCUUCUAGCUGAAAUGGAUAACAAGCAAGCUGAGAUUAAGACUUUACAGCAACAUAUUCAGAAGAACAAAGAGGAACAACUGAAAGUGGAACAGCACCUAAAAGAGCAGAAGAUCUUGAAUGAAAGAGCUGGCAAGGAACUUGAGCAAUUUCAGAUUAGAAAUAAUAAGCUCAUGCAAGAGAGUGAGCAGCACAAUAUGAUGUUUGAAGAAGUGAUGCAGGAUGUCCAGCAGAAAACAGCGGAACUGAAAGUCAGAGAUGAUGAAGUGACUCAGAUGCGUCAUGAAAUUUCAAAGCUGAACAAGGUAAGAGAUGUUCUUCAGAGUAAGCUUCGUGUGGCAGAGGAACAGAAGGUUGAUGCAGAAUAUGACAGAGAUACCCUAAAAAACCAAGUGUCUGGACUAGAGAGAGAACUGGAGGCUGCUAAAAAGCAGGCAGAGGUUGACAAGAAAGCUAUAGAUGAGCUUGUGAGGGAAAGGGACAUACUAAACAAGAACUUAGUCAAGGCUACCAGUGCCACUCAAAAGCAGAUUAAUUUGGUGAAGAUCCAUGAACAGUCCAAGAAGAACUUGGAAGAAGAAAUCCAGAAUUAUAAGAAUGAAGCUCAGAAACAAAGGAAGAUUAUCUACCAGUUGGAGAAGGAGAGAGACUGUUACAUCAAUGAAGCAGGUGAACUUAAACAGAAGGUUCUCCAGCACCUGAAAGAUAUAGAAGUGCGGGAAAUGCAGAUCUGUGACUAUGAGAAGAAAAUAGAAGAGUCUGAGAUUAAAUUAAAACAGCAACAAAACCGAUGUGAAGCUAUGAGAACAGAGAGGAAUCUGUACAGUAAAAAUCUGAUUGAAGCUAAGGAUGAGAUAGCAGAAAUGAAGAAAAAACUGAAAACUAUGACACAUCAGGUGGAUCAGCUGAAAGAGGAGAUCACAGCCAAAGAAGCAGCUCUCGUGAAAGCACAUCUAGAACAUCAGCGAACAGAACGGGAGAAGGAAUCACUGAAGGCUGAACUGCUUAAGAUGAAACAGCAAGCUGUGGAGACCAAACACUUUGUAGAAAAACAGGAGGCAGAAGAGAGAAAGCUCCUGAAAAUUAUUGCUGAGGCUGAUGCUGAGAGGCUGAAGCAAAAGAAGGAAUUUGACCAGGUUAUCAACGAGAGAGAUAUCCUAGGAUCCCAGCUUGUUCGGCGCAACGAUGAGCUGGCUCUGCUCUAUGAAAAGAUCAAAAUCCAGCAGUCCAUCUUAAACAAGGGAGAGACCCAGUACCGACAGAGAAUGGAAGACAUCCGGCUCCUCAAGCUGGAGAUCAAAAAACUUCGGCGUGAGAAAGGAAUACUUGGCAAGAGUGUAGCUAAUGUGGAGGAACUCAGACAGGAGGUUUAUCACAUGCAGAAGGAACUAUUAAGGGAACGGACUCGGUGCAGAGCUUUGGAAGCAGAGCUGGAGAAUCCCCUGAAUGUUCACAGAUGGAGAAAAUUGGAGGCUAGUGACCCAAGUACCUAUGAGCUGAUCCAGAAAAUACAGAGACUGCAGAAGCAGCUCAUCAGCAAGACAGGUGAAGUGAUAGAGAAAGAAUUGCUCCUUCAGGAAAAGGAGAAGCUAUAUGUGGAAUUGAAGCAUGUCUUGGCCCGACAGCCUGGGCCUGAAGCAGCAGAGCAGUUGCAGCUCUACCGGCACACCCUCCGAGAGAAGACAAAACAACUGAAAGUUUUGUCUUCAGAACUGAAUAUGUAUGAAUCACAGAGCCAAGAAUACAAAUAUCAAAUUGAAAGACUUGCCAACGAGCUUUUGAACAUGAAAAAGAAAUAUCUGGCUCAGAAACGCAAGGAACAACAGGCCAUGGAGAAGGAACGAUCCUUAACUGACACGGAGUCCGAGUUUCCACGGCACAGAUCUGAUGUUCCUCGCUUCACUGGAGGGGGCUUUGCUCUCAGCAGACCCUUCCCCAAUGUUACAGCUUAGGAAUGGACUCAUCUCGUUACAUUCCCGCUCCCGG